GUUAUAGUGUGCUUGUGAUGUUAGCACAGUUAAGUGAAUCAGCAAUUGACGUCUCCUUUUUUAACCAAUAUAUCUUCACCACAUAAAUAUAAGCAUAUGAAUUUUCGACUUUAGGUACUAAUCAGUCGCAUAAUAUCGUGCUGCUUGACAAACCUGCAUUGCGAAGUUUCUGGUUGAGUUAUCGGUUUCAAAAUUGUUAUCGAAAGCAACCUCUCGCCCGCUAAAUUGCUUCAAAACCGUCUGCUCUCUGUUGUAGAGAUUGAUUUUUCUUAAGCGAUCAAAACGUUCUACUUCUAGAAGAUUUCUAUAUUGCAUCUGCUAUAUAUACGAAUAAAACAUGCCUCAUAUUGAAAAUGACAUCAAGUUAGAUUUCAAAGACGUUUUGUUGAGGCCGAAGCGAAGUACUCUUAAAAGUAGAAGCGAUGUGGACCUUUACCGAACUUUUAAGUUUAGAAAUUCUGGAAAGACAUAUAAUGGUAUCCCCAUUAUUUCUUCAAACAUGGAUACAACUGGGACCUUUGAAAUAGCUAAAGUUUUAGCUAAACAUGGUCUCUUUACUUGCAUUCAUAAGCAUUAUAUUUUAGAUGAGUGGAAAAAGUUUGCUGCAGAAAAUCCUACUGCUUUGAAAAAUGUAGCUGUAAGUAUUGGAACAGCUCAAGGUGAUUUUGAAGCACUUUGUGCUAUAAUAAAAGAAGUUCCUGACUUGGAAUACAUUUGCUUAGAUGUUGCCAAUGGAUAUUCAGAGCAUUUUGUAGCUUUGGUGAAACAAGUGAGAGCUGCAUAUCCAUCCCAUACAAUAAUGGCUGGUAAUGUUGUAACAGGAGAAAUGGUUGAAGAAUUGAUUCUCUCUGGAGCAGAUGUAAUAAAAGUGGGAAUAGGUCCAGGUUCUGUGUGUACAACUAGGAAAAAGACUGGCGUUGGUUACCCGCAACUCAGUGCUGUUUUAGAAUGUGCUGAUGCCGCUCAUGGUUUAGGUGGUCAUAUUAUAUCUGAUGGUGGCUGUACAUGUCCUGGAGAUGUUGCAAAAGCUUUUGGAGCUGGAGCAGAUUUUGUUAUGCUUGGUGGAAUGUUUGCAGGGCAUGAUCAGUCAGGAGGUGAUAUCUAUGAAAAGAAUGGCAAGAAAGUAAAGUUAUUCUAUGGCAUGAGUUCAGCUACUGCAAUGCAACGCUAUCAUGGUGGAGUUGCUGAAUAUAGGGCAUCUGAAGGAAAAACAGUUGAAGUACCUUAUCGUGGAGACAUUGAAAAGACAAUAUUAGAUAUUCUAGGUGGAUUACGUUCAGCAUGCACAUACACUGGAGCUAGCAAAUUGAAGGAGCUUCCACGUCGUACAACAUUUAUCAGAGUUACUCAACAGACCAAUGAAAUAUUUUUUUCUCGUGAAUAAAUUUCUGGCUGGAGUUCUGUGAUUACCAACCCUGCAUGACACUUGAUCCUUUUAAAAGCAUGCACAAAGUGGGGUGUAUUAUAAUGUUUCUUAGAAAACGCAUGACAUUUUAUUUUGUUCAAAAAGUAUGAAUAUAGAUCUGAUUUUUUUUAUUUAUAUUUUUUUAUUUAUUUUUAUAUUACAUAUCUGAUAUUUGUAUUUAUCAUGUAUUUCUCAAAACAAGCAUUAUAUUGGCUUUUGUGAAUUACACAUUUAUUUAGUCACUUUUGUUAUUAAUCUGAAUUUUAUCAAUUUACUUUUAAAUUCUGUUUAUAUAUUUUAUUCAGAGUAUCUUUAACCAGAUCUAUAUUAAAAGGAAAAUUGUUUGCCUUUUGCGUUGCUGUAUUAGAUUUGAUUAAAAAUAAUUAUUAGUUUUAUAUUCUAAUCCAGAAAAAUGUUUUAGAUUAUCAUGUGAUAUUUUGGAUCCUGAUCAAUAUUCAAGUUUUAUGCAGAACUCUCUUAAUUUUUUUUUUAAAGUCAGAUUCCAAAUGAAUACAAAUGGAAAUGCAUAAUAAUUAUUUGAAUUAAAUCCUGACAUAUAUUGCAUUAUUUAAAAUAUAUAUUAAAAAAAGUUCAGGCACUCCAUUUUUAGUGUUCUUGUUUAAGUUGUGUGUUUGGUUAUUGUUGAGCAAGUUCUUUAAUGAAUAGCAUUUUUUAUGUCUGCUAGGGUAGUUUACUGCUGUGUGUUUUGUUAUGAGUUUGUCACAAUAAAAUGUUUUGUACUGUC